AUGCUCUCCUCUCUUUUUCGCGCACUCCCCUGGACCUUCGGUAUAGCCACCAGCAUCUCCCUCCCCACGCCCUCGCCCUCGCCCUCCACCCUCCCAGACUCCCUCCGCGAAUGCUACCUCACCUCCCUCCCCGCCUCCCUAAUCCCACCCUUCGCAAACUAUCUCCUUUCCCAGCCCUCCGUCACCAUCCCGCAAAACAUGGGCCGCGUCACGCUCCAGCACUCCGUCAAUGGCACCUGCCUGCAAGCCGACGUCUACAACUGGAGCUGCGACCACAACCUCACGGUCACUGGGCCCGGGCUUGCGAACGCGGUGCAGAGCAUUGCAGACCAGUGCGACGGCAGAAAGUAUGAGUCCGGUGAGGUCGCUGGGCCCAGUGGGUUUGGGUAUUAUAGGGAUUUAGAGACGGGGGACGAGUUUACGAGGCACUUGUGGGUUGUUAGUGGGGGAUGUAGCAGUGGGAAAGGGAGGCAGAGCGCUUGUUCGCCGGGGAGCUAG